GCGGAGAUGAGCGGCAAUGGUGCUCAGGUGGCCACACCAGCUCGUGCUGGCUCCGAGUCGGCUGCUGCCGGCGCCAACCUCCUCCGUGCAUGGGACGCCGCACCGACCUUCCCCGACGACAAUGGCGAGGAGGAGAGAUUCGUAUCGCCCCCAGGCCCUCCUCGGCAUUCAGGGAAGAGGCACAAGGGCGACAUGGCUGCUGUACGUUCCGAUUUGGCUUCUGUGCGUGCUGACCUCGACAACUACCGCUCUGUACCUGACCUCACUUUCAAGACCGUGCCGGCCAACGUCUCGACUGUCUCAGACAAUGUCGCAGCGUCCCUUGCCAACGUCAACGCAUCCAUGGCAAGCCUGCGUGAGUCGCUCUCGAAGGGACACCAGGACCUUCACAAGUAUGCCGAGCAGCGCCUCAACGUCGUGGAGAUCUCGCAGAAGGCGUUCAUCCCGGGCUCCACCUUCGAUCGCGAGAUCGACGCGGGCAUCAUCAUCGUCAGGGGCAAGCUGCUGGUCACGGCCACGGCGGUGGCUGACGCCAUUCGAGGAUGGAUGGAGGACUCUAACAUCGCGGAGGACGACUGGCUCGUGGAGGGCGAGCGCACCAGCAAGAAGUAUGCGAUCAGGAUCACCGGCACGAAGGCGCUGGCCGCGCGCAAGGUCGCGCAGGAGCUCGUCAUCCUUCGUCUCCAUCGGCCCCCAGACGGUGCUGGUGGUGUGUAUCGGAGCUUCUCUGCGACCUCCACCGCUGGAGAGCGCUCAGACCUGUUCGUCGGCCCCGACAAGAACGCCUGUACCAUCAAGUGCGAGACCAGCUGCAAAGCAGUGCGUCGUGCGCUGGAGGAGGCCUUCCCCACUAGGCGCUUCUUCACGGACAAACGCAAGGGCGAUAUUUCAUCGAAUUGGAGGUCUCUCAUCAAAAUCAUUCCAGCCCCCACGAAGGAUGUUCCCGAAGUGCAAUGGGCGGCCGCCAACCUGGUGGCUGAAGGUAUCCAGCAGAGCGAGAAAGAGUCAACUAUGCAGAAG